AUGCUCCUCCGUAUCCUUCUCCACUUCUCCAUAUUUGCGUGCCUUGUGGUAGCAGACAAGACCUGCUAUUUUCCUAGCGGAGACAUUGCGGUUGACGAUGUCCCUUGCUUCUCAGGUGACAAGGACUCACCAUGUUGUUCCAAAGAUUCGAUUUGUCUUAGCAAUGGAUUUUGUUAUGGAAAAGCACAACCAUUUGCGCUGAGUCGGGGUAGCUGUACCAAUAAGUACUGGCCAGUAGAAGGCGGAUGCAAUGAUGUGUGUUCUAAGGUUGAAGCCAUGAACGAUAAGGGAUGUGCGCUGCCGUUGCUUAGGAUUGAGGACAAGAAGUCUUCCUAUUGCGCCAACUCCAUCAUAGUCGAUCCGUCAAACCACCUCGCUUGUGCCGCUGGUCCCUCCUUCGAACUUGAUCCUGCCGAUUUUGUUUGGGGCAAGGCUGCGCUCGCCAAUUACACUUCUGGUGAUCCUAGCUUAAACUCCACAUCAACUACGAACACAACUGCAUGUCCUACAACGUCAAGCGGCGAGAACAAGGGGGCCAAUGAUAAUAAGGAUGGGAAAAGUAACAAUGAUCUCGUGAUCGGGGCCGGAGUGGGAAUCCCCCUAGGAGUCCUGCUUCUCACUGCGCUGGGCUGGGCAUUAUUCGAACGGAGAAAACGUCUCUCUGUUCAAGCUACGGUGGACGGGCUCCAAUCCCAGGUUGCAAUGACACAUCAGGAUGUGCAGGGACAGACAUCGGUUUAUUCUCCUCCUAGUGAGCUCUCAGCUCACAAACCGCCCCAGGAGCUAGCGACUACCUCCACUUAA